GUCGAAAAAUACUAGUUAAAAAAUAAAAAAUAAAAAAAAACCAAGAUAGCAUCUUCAAAUCCUCCAAUUCCUGGCGAUUCUCAUCGCCGAUCUCCUCCUCUCAUCGGUGGCGGGGUCGCCGGCUUUCUCUCGAUCGCCGGCGGUGUUUUUUGGUUAGGGUUUGAUUCGGGCGAUUUGUCUUUUUUGGAGAAAGCGGAAUAUUUUGGAUCAGAUGUGUGACAUAAAGUAUGGCUCUGAGGAAGCGUAAACCUUUUGGGGAUGCAUCUUCUGUUAGUAUGGGACCUUUAAAUUUUUCAAUGAUGGUGCCUGAGAAGGUCAAUUCAGUGAAUCCAGAUGAGGAAGUUUACUUUCUAAUCAUGCAUUUUCUGUCAGCGGGGCCAUGCAAGAGAACUUCUGAACACUUCUGGAAUGAACUUCUGGAGCAUCAACUAUUGCCCAGAAGAUACCAUGCUUGGUAUUCAAGGACUGGUACUCAUAGUGCCAAUGAAGAUGAUGAUGGCAUAUCCUUCCCUUUAUGUUAUGUUGACUUAGUCAAGAGGUACCCUCACAUUGCCACAGAUCAUUUGGUAAAGCUUCUUAAGCAAUUGAUUGUAAGCUGCUCUACGCAAUGGCAUGAUAUUGGAGGAACCUUUCCAAAUGCAGCUGAUGUUCCAACUAUUCUAGGAUCUGGCUCCUCCUCUCUUCUUGCAUCUGAUAGAGAUAGGGAAGAGAAGAGAGCUGAUCCUUUGCCUCGUUACCUGCGUUGGCCUCAUAUGCAGGCCGAUCAGGUUCGUGGAUUAAGGUUAAGGGAAAUAGGAGGUGGUUUUACGAAACACCACCGUGCUACAUCCAUCCAUGCAGCAUGUUAUGCAAUUGCUAAACCAUCAACACUGGUGCAGAAGAUGCAAGUUAUUAAGAAAACCAGGGGACAUCAGAAUGCUGUCUAUUGUGCUAUAUUUGAUCGGUCAGGACGGUAUGUGAUCACUGGUUCUGAUGAUCGCCUUGUGAAAAUAUGGUCGAUGGAAACUGCAUUUUGUUUGGCCAGCUGCCGGGGGCAUGAAGGUGAUAUCACUGACUUGGCUGUGAGUUCUAACAAUGCCUUGGUGGCAUCUGCUUCAAAUGACUUCAUCAUUAGAGUUUGGCGUUUACCUGAUGGACUCCCAAUUUCAGUUUUGAGGGGACAUUCUGGAGCUGUUACUGCUAUUGCCUUCAGUCCACGAUCCGUUUACCAGCUUUUAUCAUCCUCUGAUGAUGGAACCUGUCGGAUAUGGGAUGCUAGGUAUUCGCAACUCAGCCCUCGAAUAUAUGUCCCAAAGCCUCUAGAUAGUUUAGCAGGAAGUUCUGAUCCUUCAUCAAGUGUUGGUCAACAAAGUCAUCAGAUAUUAUGCUGUGCUUACAAUGCUAAUGGAACUGUAUUUGUCACUGGUAGCUCUGACACAUACGCAAGGGUAUGGAAUGCUUGUAAAAGCAACCCAGAUGACUCUGAGCAACCAAAUUAUGAGAUGGAUCUUUUAUCUGGCCAUGAAAAUGAUGUCAAUUAUGCACAAUUCAGUGGCUGUGCAGUGGCGUCUAGAACUACAACUGAUACUUUUAAGGACGAUAAUGUUUCAAAGUUCAAAAAUUCUUGGUUCACUCAUGACAACAUAGUUACAUGUUCUCGCGAUGGAAGCGCUAUUAUUUGGAUCCCAAGAUCCCGUCGAUCCCAUGGGAAGGUUGGCCGUUGGACGCGUGCAUAUCAUCUCAAGGUUCCACCACCUCCUAUGCCUCCCCAACCUCCUCGUGGAGGUCCACGACAAAGAUUUCAGCCCACUCCUAGAGGUGUUAAUAUGGUAGUUUGGAGCUUGGAUAACCGCUUUGUGCUUGCUGCUAUCAUGGAUUGCAGAAUAUGUGUUUGGAAUGCUUCUGAUGGGAGUUUAGUCCAUUCAUUGACUGGGCAUAGUGAAUCAACGUUUGUUUUGGAUGUCCAUCCUUUCAAUCCUCGCAUAGCUAUGAGUGCUGGAUAUGAUGGAAAAACUAUCAUAUGGGAUAUAUGGGAGGGUACACCUGUACAAAUAUAUGAAACUGGACAGUACAAGUUGGUUGAUGGGAGGUUCUCACUGGACGGAACAUCAGUUGUUCUCUCUGAUGAAGUUGGGCAAAUAUUUAUAAUAGCGACUGGACAAGGAGAGUCUCAGAAGGACGCAAAAUUUGAUCAGUUCUUUCUUGGUGAUUAUCGACCCCUUAUCCAAGACACCAACGGAAAUGUUGUGGAUCAGGAGACUCAGCUUAUACCAUACAGAAGGAAUAUUCAAGAUCUUCUUUGUGAUGCAGAAAUGGUUCCCUAUCCAGACCCUUAUCAGAAUAUGUACCAGCAGCGCCGUCUCGGUAUACUAGGUAUUGAGUGGCGUCCAUCUUCCGUCACGCUUGCAACUGGCUUCACUUACAACCCAGAUACUGGCGAUUAUCAAAUGCCUCCACUUCUAAACCUUGAUGGAUGGGGGGUCGAGCCUCUACCAGAAUUUUUAGAUGCCAUCGAUUGGGAACCAGAAAAUGAAGUACGAAACGAUGAUAAUGACUCUGAAUAUAAUAUCACUGAUGAAUAUUCAAGUGAAGCAGAACAUGAAAGUUUAGGUAGUACUUCAUCUGAGGAAGCUGAGCACAGUGCUAGCGAGAGUGAAGUUGAGCAUAAUCAUAAGGACGGCCUUCGCAGAUCAAAAAGGAAGAAGCGCAAAUCUGAAGUCGAGCUCAGGACUUCUUCUGGGAGGCGAGUAAAACGAAGAAACUUAGAUGAGCAUGAUGGUGCUACCACAUCAAGGACUGACAGGAAAAGGAGGUCAAGACAUGGACGAUUGACUUCGAAGAAAAGAUCAUCAAGAUCCAAGGCAAUGCGGCCUCAAAGACGCUCUGCACGAAACGCUCUCAAUUUCCUUUCAAAAAUUACUGGUGGUUCUUCUGAUGAAGAAGAUCUCGGCCUGGAAAGCAGCUCCUCAGAAAGUGAAUCAGAGUUUCCAGAUUCAAAUUCCCAGAGCAUGGAAUCAGGAGGGUCAAUGCAGAGCAGAAAUGCCUCCAAAGAUGAGUAUAAAGAUGUUGCAAAACCUUCCGAACCCAUUGAAGUUCAGGCAAAGACUGGAAAUAGGAGACUUGUCCUUAGGUUGCCUCCUCGUGAUUCAACAGCAAAAAUCUCUUCGGGAAAUUCAAGAUCUACAAUGACCAUCAGCAGGAACGCGUGGCGGAUUCAUUUAAAGCCCCCAGUGGAGCUGUAAGAAGGAAACCAUUGUAACCCGUCUGAGGCAGCACAGACUUUGGGUGAUGCAAGUGACGCUUUGUAUGAAAAUGUGAAGAUAAGGGGGAAUGCAGAAAAGGAACAACGGUGUAAUAUCUCUGCAGGUUACAGUGGGAGCAUUAUCAGAUGGGGAGAAGUUAGGGCACGUUCGUCAAAACGUUUGAAGUUGGGAGAUGCUAGGUUGACGGAUGCAUCGAUUCCACCUAAUCCACUGCCAGGAAGACGUAACUUAGUUCCCAUUGACACUAACGGACAUUUAAAAUCUGAGGAUGAGUAUUGGACAUCCUCUAAUGCUGGAAAUCAAGCUCCUUCAGAUAAGCUAGAUAUACAAGGAGGUGACGGUGCAAAUGAUUCUUUGCAGGUGCAGAAAGCUGGAAGCACUGAAGAACAUCCGUCCAAUAAUAUUUUCAAGUCAACAAUAUCUCAGCAGUUAUUGCCAAGUACAGACCAGCAGCAUCAGCUUGCAACCGCAGUCACAUGUAAUGGUAGCAUGACUGAAACUGUAGUCUUGGACAGGGAACAGAAAGAGACCAAUGGAACUAGUGAAGUUAGGGGUACUUAUGAGCCAGUGAACCAUUGUGAAAGUGUGUCUUACGCUACAAAUGCUUUCCAUAGUGCUAGCCAUACUCGGGAGCCUGAGAGAAACACUCUAAAUCUCAGAAUCAGAUCGAAUGGGUCAAUGAACGAGAGCACUAGUUCAUCUUCUAAGUUGAGUUCUGUUUCAGUAGAAGAUUUAAAGAGUUCUGGACAUGAUCCCUUGUCCAAUAUUUCCCCUGCAGCCAUACAGAAUUCAAUGUCAGCAGUGCUUGAAGAGGAUGAGGGUACAAGUGGACAGAGUCUUGACCAUAGUGAUUUGAAUGGUCAUGCAUCGGGGAGCUUGGGCACACAGGUAGAUGAAUCACACUGUUCAAAGAAGCCACAUUUAGAUUCUAAUACCAAGAUGUAUGAUCUUGUCUACACAAGGUCAAAGUCAUCUAGGGGCAGUAAAAAUUCUGUUGGUACUACUUCUAAUGUAGAAGGAAGUACAUCAAAUUUCAAAAACCAUAGUGAUGCACUUACUGAUGUUGUCCGGAGAACAAAAUCUGUUAGUUCAAAAAAACAGACAGAUCAGUCCCCACAGAUUAGUAAUCCCAGAGGGAGGGAAAAAUAUAGCUCUUCAAAAUCAUCAAGAUAUGGAGGGGACUCAACGACGACAAAUGGGCGGGAGCACCAUCUCAUUGAUGAUUGGAAGCCAACAUUAAGGACCGUCGGUUUAAGGUCUGCCAGAAGCAGGAGAGAAAAUUAUAGUAGUAAUCUAAGACAUAUGGAUAAUAGCUACCAGCAAACAGGGGGGCUAUCAUGGUUGAUGUUGACCGAGCAUGAGGAGAGCUACCGUUACAUUCCACAGCUAGGAGAUGAAGUUGCAUACUUGAGACAGGGUCACGAAGAGUAUGUUAGAAGUUCUCGUCGUGCACAUGAAGGAUGGCCCUUGAAGAUCAAAGGUCUAAAAGCUGUCGAAUUUUGCAAAGUGCAACAUCUUGAUUACUCUACUCUUCCUGGAUCAGGGGAAAGCUGUUGCAAACUCAUCCUUGAGUUUGUUGAUCCUUCUUCAACUGGGUUCGGUAAGUCUUUCAAGUUAACACUACCUGAGCUGGUUGCUUACCCAGACUUUCUUGUGGAAAAGUCACGAUAUGAUGCUGCCAUCGAGAGAAAUUGGAGGUACCGAGAUAAAUGUCAGGUAUGGUGGAGAAAUGAGGAUGGAGCUACUGGUAUUUGGUGGGAAGGUAGGAUUCAGGAGGUGAAGCCUAAAUCCGCUGAAUUUCCAGACAGCCCAUGGGAGAGAUAUAUUAUUCGAUAUAGAAAUGAUCCUUCUGGUACGCAUUCUCAUAGUCCGUGGGAACUCAAUGAUUCUGAUAUUUUGUGGAAGCAUCCCCAUAUUCAUGAGGAUACCAAAAAUGAGGUGUUGUUAUGUAUUGCCAAGAUAGAGAGAGACUCUACAGAAAGGGACAAGUAUGGCAUUCAAAAGUUGAUUCAGGUAGUUCAGAAGUCUGAUUUUAUGAACAGGUUCCCUGUUCCAUUAUCUCUUGAUACGAUCAAGAGACGCUUGGAGAAAAACUAUUAUCGCACUCUGGAGGCAGUCAAGCAUGAUGCCAUGGUGAUGGUUUCCAAUUCUGAGUCCUACUUUGCCAAGAACGUUGAGAUGAGGGCCAAGAUGCGGAGGUUAUCAGAAUGGAUCGAUGAAACGUUUCCAUCUUCAUCUUUGUAGGAUAGAAAAUUUUUAUAGAAAAAUUUAGCUUUGGCUGGAUGAGGUUGAGGCCUGUUGUUACGCGCUGUAAAUAUC